AUGCCGCAUGCCGGUGGAGCUUUCUAUGCCUGCGGAAGCGUCAAGGCGGCGUGGAGAAACUGGUCCGGACAGCUGGGGGAGAACCAGGGCCGGGUUUAUCUCGAUGAUGCUGCUGUGAACUACGACAAGACCGCGGUGGUGGGCCCGGCAGCCCUGGUCGAGAAAGAGUGGUACGAAGUGGCAGUUCGGAAGAUUUCCCUGGUCUGCAAACUUGACGUUCUGGUUGCCCGGCGUCUCGGGGGAGGGGAAGCGCUACCACUGAGCUUCGAUGCGGCCACGAUCUUCCAGAUGGGGGGUCUGGCCAGAGGCUCCAAAGAAGAAUUCGUGACCCUGGGGCUAUCACUGUGGGCUUUCUACUACAUUGUCCUCGACAUUACCGCUCGGUCCGUCUCCUUCAUCCCACAAGAGCCGGGCACGGAAGCUUUAAGAAGCGCCAUCCAGGAGAAAUUUCUGGCUGAAGCCGAGUCUCUUGGGCCUGCUGCCACACGGGAAGUGGCGCCGGAUGGAAGAGCUGCAACGGUAGGCGUGACGGCACGAAGCAAUUUGCGGCCGUUGGUCUAUCGACCCCCAUGCAAGUCGGCGUAG